UUGCUCACUCGAAAAGUGGGCGGCUUCAAACAAAAGGUGCUCCGUCCUGAAUUGGUUAACACAUCUCGAUCUAAAUAGCAGGACAUGAAAGCUGGAAUUGUGAACUGUCGCCUCAUUUUCAUCUUUUGAUCUGAUACCCAAAUGUCUUCAGUAUGCAACAAAAAAAAAGGAAUUGUCCUUGCCGUUCCAAUACUUUUGGAGGGGACUGUAAUUUCAUUCAGGUGUCUUGUGCAAGUUUACUGUCUUGAACAGUAGUCACGCUAUAACUCCACAUUCACUGGGAGAAAAUAUUCAUGCCAUAACUGACUUUUGGUGUUCAUUGUGAGGAGGGUACGAACAAUCUCAGAAACGUUGAACGAUGCAAUGCGAAAGAUUGAGCCGGUUUUCUGCAGCACUGACGACGUCAUCGUGAGGGUUUGAAAUGUGGAGUCACUCUUUGAUGACGCAAGGACAAAGAUUGAAUUGCAACUUUCAAUCCAUUUAUGUCAUGUGACGAUGACAGUACAUGGAAGAAUAUAUUGACCUGCGGCGGAGCAUGACAAGUAGUCGCACUUUGAGAUGCGCUGUCCAUGGUUCUCAAACAUUUUUAAUGGGUGGCUCGAAAUUAUUAUUAUUAUUUUUUUUUUGUGUCAGAAUUAAAUAUUCAUAUAUUUAUCUACAGGUUUAGAAAUAUGUCCAUUAGAAUUGCUGAAAAAGUUCGAUCUCUUGUUCUCAUUGUUGUAAUUGGACCUACUAUAGUCUUCUACAUGAAGGGAAGAUUUUUUGGGGGGAAAACGACGGCAACUUUUUGCUGUUGCUGUCUUGUUAUUUAUUAUUAUUACUGUUGUUAUCGAGUUUCGUGGAUUGAAUUGACACUGUCCGUCACUGCAAAUAGUGUGAGAUGUUGGUUGUAGUUGACCCGAACGUCCACUAGAGGACAGAGUGGACCGUGGCAUUGGAGCAGCCUCGUCCGCGGCGCGGGGCUCCUCCCAAAUGUGCGUGAUGUUUGUCGUCAGUGGAACAAAGAAGCUCAGACGGUGAAAGAGACCGAUGCGACGGGGAUCGCUCCACGGACUUGGUUUGGCUUUUUCCUUCAUCUUCGGUGGGAAAUCUUUUGGCAGCAUUUCUAGCUCGUGUCUGGAAUGACGCGUGCGGCGGGCAGAUGGAGCUCUGUGCGGAUGUAUUUGCUCUUCGUGCUGCUGGAGUGUUACUGGGAAGCCGUGUGCGGCCAGCUCUCUUACUCCGUGGCGGAGGAGGUGAAUGCGGGGACCGUCGUGGGAAACAUCGCCAAGGAUUUGAGCCUCAGCGUGCGGGAUUUGGAGUCCCGCAUGUUGCAGAUCGUUGCGGGAACCCAGAGGAAAUAUUUCGAGGUCGACCUCAAGGCUGGUGUCCUCUUCGUGAAUGAGAGAAUCGACCGAGAGGAACUGUGCGCGGAUGAAGCCAAAUGUUCAAUCAGUGCAGAGGCCGUAAUCAAUAAUCCCUUAAAAUUAUACCGAAUUGAAAUUACAAUAAUAGAUGUAAAUGACAAUUUUCCAGUAUUUACCAGUCAUGCCCAGGUGCUGAACAUUAGUGAGACGACAUUAAUGGGGUAUAAAUUUCCUCUGCACCCUGCUCAUGAUGCUGACGUUGGUAAAAAUUCCGUCAAUUCAUACAAGCUCAGCCAUAAUGAACAUUUCGCACUUGAGGCGCAGAAAGGCGAAAGUGUGACGCCAGAAUUAGUGCUGCAGAAGCUUUUGGACCGAGAAAAACAGGCCGUGAUCACACUCACGUUGACGGCUAUUGAUGGAGGAACGCCGGCAAAAUCGGGCACGAUGACCAUUGUUGUCAACGUGUUAGAUAUUAAUGAUAAUGCUCCUGUAUUCCGUCAAAAUCUGUACAAAGCUAGUGUGUAUGAGAAUAUUGAGAUUGGCACAUCAAUAAUAACGUUAAACGCGACUGAUUUAGAUGCAGGACACAACGGACAAGUGUUCUAUUCUUUCAAUGCAGCUGGACGAGAGAAACAAACAAAUAUAUUCUCGAUUGAUGAAAAAAGUGGAACAGUCACAAAUCAGAAAAAUAUUGACUUUGAACAAACAAAUGCAUUUGAACUCCGAAUACAAGCCAGCGAUGGCGGCUCAUCUCCGUUAACCUCUCACGCCAAAUUGCUGAUCGAGGUUUUCGAUGUCAAUGACAAUGCCCCUGAAAUUUCAGUGACAUCUUUGAUGAGCACAGUGAAAGAAGACGCGACAAUCGGCACCGCCAUUGCAAUUGUGUCUGUGCUGGACAAAGAUGGCGGAAAAAACGGUUUGGUGCACUGUCGAAUGAAGAAUAAUGCGCCUUUUAAACUGGAGUCCAAUUAUAAGAACUCCUUUUCCUUGGUUGUCGGCGGUCCUCUCGACAGAGAGAGCGUAUCUGCGUACAACGUCAGCAUCAUCGCAAGCGACGAAGGCGCUCCACCUCUGUCCGGCACCAGCGUUAUUCGCGUGCACGUCUCAGACGUCAACGACAACAAGCCUCGCUUCUCGGAGCCCCUCGUUAAUGUUUACAUCAAAGAAAAUAGUCCGCCGGGAGCGCUGAUACAUAAAGUGACUGCGGUCGAUGACGACGUCGAUCAAAACGGGCGCCUGACUUACUCGUUGCUGCAAAGUAGCACCGACUCGAUUCCGAUAACGACGAUGCUAAACAUCGACUCGGAGAGCGGCGACAUCGUCACUUUGCAGUCGUUCGACUACGAGACGUUGAAGACGUUGGAGUUCAAAGUUCAGGCCGCAGACCGCGGCGUUCCCCCGCUGAGCGGCGAGGCAAGCGUCAACGUUUUCAUCCUGGACGAGAACGACAACAGUCCCGGCAUCCUGCCGCCCUAUUCCGAGCACGGCUCGGCGAACGGCGAGAGCGUCCCCUAUUCCGCCGAAGCGGGCUACUUUGUGGCCAAGAUCAGGGCCGUGGACGCGGACUCGGGAUACAACGCGCUGCUCUCCUAUCACCUGUCCGAGCCCAAAGGCGGCGGCGGCGGCGGCGGCGACGAGCUCUUCCGGAUCGGAAGCGGCACCGGGGAGAUUCGGACCAAGAGGAGAAUGAGUGAUGAUGACCUGAAAAGUCACCCCUUGGUGGUGUUGGUGUGCGAUCACGGAGAAGCCUCCCUGUCGGCUACUGUGUCUAUUGAUGUGCUGGUGCUGGAAAGCACAGCCGACAUCCGCACUCAGUUCAGACACGUGCCCAGAAAGGAGGAGAGCUUCUCCCGUUUCCACUUGUAUCUGCUCAUCGCCAUUGCGGCCGUGUCGCUCGUCUUUCUGCUCAGCCUGCUGGCUUUCGUGGCCUUCAAGUGCCGCGGACGGACGGACGGCGCCCCGAUGAUCGCCGCCCACCCCGACGGGAGCUGGUCUUACUCCCAAGCCACUCAGCAGUAUGACGUGUGUUUGGGCUCGGACACGCUCAAGAGCGACCUGGUGCUCUUCCCCUCGCCCUUUCCGCCGGGGGAAGCGGAACUGAUCAGCAUUCACGGCGGGGACACCUUCGGCAGGACUCAGACUUUGCCUCAUAGCGAGAAGGUAGGCUGGCAAUGUUUUUGUCUUCCGAGGUUCUUUGUAUUUCUCGUCACGUGUUGAUGUCGUGCGCAUUCACGUGUCGCCAACAGUGCAACUCACAUGAAGCACGAAGUUCUCGUGGUCUUUUGAAAAGUGACUUUGAAGCCGUUGAAUUUCCGCAUUGCUUUCUGUCAAGCUGCUCGACUACGAAUCGCACCUGUGACCUCAUUUAUCGCGACGACAGCCCAUAAUCUUGACGUAACUUGUUCCGGGAAGGGAAAAGUGUGGAACGGUUCAAUUAUCGUGUGUUGUCAAUGUACGCUGUGGAACGAUGACACAAAUGUGACGCUGAGUACUUAACAUUUGAAUCUGUUGACAUCUACAAAGGUGACAUCCUUCGAUGAAAGAGUUUGUACCCGUUUACAUACAUGGCGGCUUUUACGCAUCACUCAGGAAGGUUUUUACGUGAACUACUACUAGCUUGUUGUCCGUGGUCCUGAAAAGGUGCUUUCUUUUCGACACAUCAUCAGGAUUGUGUACGUGAAUGAAUUUACAUCUUGAGAUGGACAGUCCCCUCCAAAAGUAUUGGAACAGACAUGAUUCAAUGAACUUCAAGCGAAUAACAUUCACUAUUUGUU